AUGGACUAUGGUCCUGUCAUUGACAUCCAAAAGCUAAUCCAGGAUUAUGUAUGGAAGGAGUUUACGCGUGAUGUCUGUUGCAUCCAAGGGAUCUUUGUUCGCCGCAGCGAUUUCAUCAUCGACAUACCAUGGAGCUUCUUCGAAAUAUACCAUCGAACCAUCAAGUUCAAUCCUCGCUCAAAACUGGCCAGUGGACUUCGUGACCAAAAGCAAGUUGUACUCUUCUCGACCAACUUUAGAAAUAAUACACAAAAAGAGCAGUCGUACAAGUUAAAAACCCAGCGUCAUACAAAGGCGACGACGACCAUCACCUGUCAGCGGGGGUACGUGGUCGGAUGCUGUACAAACCUCUAUUUAAAACUACAGCUGCCCGAGAAGUACUCGGAUUGUGGCGUAAGUGCUGGGUUGAGCGGUCAACUCACCGUCACCCGUCCUCCAGGCGAAACCAUCGAAGAAACUUACAUAUGGGAGACGGACAGUGACGUAGUUGUCGAACCAAAUUAUCUUACUGAAGCGAAAAUUAUGCUAACAGAAGACGAGAUGGUCGCUGAUUUUGAAGUGCGUUCGACUCUUCGUAUGCCUUCCGGUGAAGCUCCCGUCACUAUACGGCGUAAAAAAGACAUGGAAAUUCAGGGUGUAGUUAUGAUCAAUGACCUGAGUGACGUUUUUGCCGAUUGUAACGUGUCUAUCAUUGAGGUGGCCACUAGCGAUCGUAAAGUAACGUAUCAUAUUGAAAUUACCACGAUAGGAAUUCUACAAAGUAUCCGUUGGCGAAAUCAGAGAAUUUUGCUCGAGUCCCACCCCAUAGACCACGACUCGAAGGCGGCGGAAGGUGCGAGAGAACCCAUUAAGCAGACUGCCUCUCUUGAAUCCAAAGAGUCGGUUAUUCCUAUAGAAUCCAAAGAGGUUUGCUCGCAAAUCCUGCGACACGCGACGAGGUCCAUGGAGGCGACUAUCGUGCCCCCGUCACCGGAGAAAGACAAGGCUGAACGAGCCGAAAAGCCGGAAAGAUCCGAGAAAAGUGAGAUAUCCGAAACAAAAGACAUGCGCUUCCCUAAUAUUCCGACCAUUAUUACGGAAAUGGCUGAGGACCCCCAGUUGCCUGGCGUCAUCAAACUGGGGGACAAGGACGACGUAUCGCCGAUGAAGAGGGCCAUCCCUCCCAGAUCACUGUCCAGACGUCAGAGUGUUCCCGUGGCUUUAAAGACUGGUGAUCUCCCGCCUGGCUCCCUCCGUCAAACACGAUCUGUGGAAGCAACGUCCGCUGCCCGGAAGAGCAUUGAGAGUCCCACUAGUCUGGCCAAAGUAACCAGUGUGUGA